UAUUUUAAAUAUUGAAUUUGUAAUUUCAAUAACCAUAUGCACAAUAUCCAGCACAAAUAAAUUACAUUCAUGCAUGUAUGUAAACUGUACUCCCUCCGUUUCAAAAAUAAACUUUCUAGUUUCACACAUAUUAAGAAAGCACAUUAAAUCACUAUAAUAAAUGUAUCAUUUUCUGUAAUUUUCAAUAUAUUUUAACCAAUAGUAAUUCAAUAAAAUCAAUUAAUUUUUUUUGAAGUUUACAUUUUUUCAUAGAAAACAUUAAAUAUGUAUCUUUGUGAAACAAUUUUUUUUUUCUGAAACAUCUAUCUUUUUGAAACGUAUGGAGUAUUUGAUAAACAAAUGUUUUUUACAAAACUCAGGUCUAAUAAUGGUAGGCGGAUUCUGGUGAGGUAAGUGACCCAGAUUCGAACUAAUUCAAUGACACUAAACAUAUGCGAUCAUAGGAGAUAUAGAACAAUACUUUCAACUUCAUUUAAAUAUCCAGAGAGAGGAUUCGUUCGUGGACUGCAUUUCAUAUUAAAAAUUAGUAUAAGUUUUUCUAUAGAUCUUGGGAUACCCCAAGUUAAUAAAAAAAAACCAAAGGUUUUUACAUGUUUAUGUUGAUGUACAUUUUGAUUUUGGAAAUAAAUAUAAAGAUCUCCAGAUUGUAAAUGUGCAAUUGAAGAUCUAAACAUCAUGGUAGUGUAAUAUGUUACCUAAAAUGAAUAGUUAUCCCUAUAUAAAUAUAAACUUUGUUAACACAACCAACAUUCACAGCUAACAAACAAUUUCAUCUAUUAAAAAAAAAUCAUUCCCUCUCGAAAAAAAAAUGGAGAGCAGAAAAGUUACCAUGUUAGUGACAAUAAUGAUACUUAUGAUGAUGGGAAACCUUUUAGAUCAAUCAAAGGCUCAACAAAGUUCUUUAGGUCAAAGAGAAGCUGAGAAAAUCCAUUUUUUCCAGUGUUUUCCAUCUUGUCUUAAAGAGUGUAAAAGUACUCACAAGUUUCCAGCGUCUCUUAAGUGUCCAAUUAUAUGUCUUAAAGCCUGUCUUCAUCCUCCUUCACCAUCACCAUCACCAUCACCAUCUCCAUCUCCAUCUCCAUCUCCAUCUCCAUCUCCAUCUCCAUCUCCAUCUUCGGAGAAAACUAUUGAUAAAACUAAUGAUUUCUGUAAAUUUGAUUGUGCUGUGCAACAAUGUGCUUCUCUUUCUACUAUGGAAAUUCCAAAUGUGAAGAAAGUCGCAGCCUGUGUUGAUUCAUGUUCGAUUAAGUGUUCCAGCAAAAACGAAAAAGCGAUAUUUCCUCCUGCAAAUUAAUAUUUAAAUUAAAAGAUGAAAAUAAAAUAGUUUGUAUUGAUUGGGUUUUCAAAUAAAUGAUUUUUUAAUAUU